AUGUCUACCCCCCCUCUUGUCCUUGUCACUGGAGUCACUGGAUUCCUAGGUUCUCAUGUCGUAUACCAGCUUUUAGAGGCUGGUUACCGUGUGCGUGGAAUUGCACGUUCCAGCAAGGUUUCCAUGGCGCAAGAAGGAUACGCUGCAUAUGGUGAUAAAUAUGAAGUCGUUCCUUUUGACGAUCUCGUUGGUGGAGACUUCAGCAAUAUUGUGAAAGGUGUUAGUGCUGUUAUACAUGUCGCUGCGCCCUUGGCUGGCCGAGCCGAUCGCGCAGAAGCCAUUCGUGUGGCCGUCGAAGGAAACCUGAAUAUCUUGCGCGCGGCCGAGAAGGUGGGAGUCAAGCGGUUCGCCUUUGCGAGCAGCAUCAUUACGGUCGUUUCACCCAGUGACUGGAACCAGGGCACGAAGAAACAGGCACUUGACGAAAGUAGCGAUGCGAUGUUCGUCUAUGGUGUCGCGAAGACGAUCUCGGAACGUGCCAUCUGGGACUUUGUGGAGAAGCAUCCUGACAUAGACGCCACUACCGUGAAUCCACCCUACUUCAUUGGCCCGUUCGCCCUGGGCUUCCGUGCCCCCGACGGGGCCAUCUCGGCCAUGAGCUCAAACGAGCUCAUAUAUCGUCUCCUGCAGCCUGACUGGGAAGUGAACGCCUUCGGGCGGACCGUCGACGUGCGCGACGUCGCGCGCGGGCUCGUAAACGCGCUCAAGGCGCCGACGAAUGUCGGCCGCAAGCGCAUCCUCAUGAGCGGAGAAUGGUUCAGCUGGAAGGAUGCAGUGGAGUUCAUCGCGGCUGAACGCCCGGAGCUGAAGCCCCGCUUGGCUGCUUCUGCGUUCAAGGCGGUGCCCGCCCCACCUACUGCGAUAGAUAACACUCGCGCGAAGGAGGUUCUGGGGUUGGAGAUGACGCCCUGGAAGACCUCGGUGCUUGAUGCGGUGGAUAGUCUGGUCCAGCUGGAGAAGGAGUGGAUCAAAAAGGGUUUGACGAUCCGAGAUCUCUACCCUCGUUGGGAUGUGUAG